AUGGCGUCGGGCCCUCAGACCUUCGUCACCAUGGUGGUCUUUUCGCCCGAGAAAUUCCAGGGCAAUCCUUUGGCCUUGGUUUCCGUGCACGGGAAUGCGCUCUCCCAGAAACGCAAGGCCCAAAUCGCAAGGGAGUUCAGGUACUCCGAAACCGUGUUUUUGCAUGAUGCUCCAGGCCCUGGUCAGCCCCGGUUGCUGGAAAUAUUCUCGGAGACUGGGGAGGAGUUACCUUUUGCAGGUCAUCCUGUAAGUCCAACAGCGCGAGAACCAAUAUUCAGCUAUCUUGAAAGAAUGCACUACGGCGGCCCUACUGACCGAGACACCCAAAAGCAAAGUGCCGUUCUCCUGACAAAGGCCGGCCGAAUACCGAUCUUCUUCAACCCCUACCGUCAGGUGGCCGCUUGUGUAGUCCCCUUUAACUGCCACAUUCACUCCCAUCGCGUUCCGAUUGAGAAGAUUAUCACCACACAACCCCAUAUUCAAAUCGUCCCGACAAUCGACAAGGAAAAAGACAAAACGUUCCCUCUAGUCUCAAUCGUCAAGGGCAUGACCUUUGCUCUCGUUGACCUCACUGACAAUGCCGAGAUCUUCGGCGCCUUGCAAGCGGGCAAAUCCCCGGAAGUCGACCUAGACGCCGAGUGGUCACCUAGCUUCGUCGGCUGCAUGUACUACAAAGUCUUAGCAAAGUCGGAACAACCUGGAGAACCGACUAUUCAUAAUAUCCAAGCAAGGAUGAUCUCGCAUGGCAUUGAGGACCCAGGAUCAGGGAGUGCGUGUUGUGCUUUGGCUUGUUAUUUGGCGUUGAACAGCGCCAACCCUUCGUUGGAGCCCCGGGAGCUGGCAGAGGAACGCACAGACCAAGGAAGCGCAGAUGCGGAACUCACAAAGAGGACACAAGAUUUGAAGUUGGGAGAGACAAAAACAGAGAGGAAAGUAUUUGGCAUUCAACAGGGAGCAGAGAUGGGGAGACUAUGCACCAUCGCGGUCGAAGUGGACGUGAAGACGGAUGCACAGGGUAAGGCAAGCAUCACGAACGUGGUCUUGUCGGGGAGAGCCAACUUGCAUCUCAGAGGGGAAAUUCUUGGUUUCUAA